AGAAUAUUUUCUUCCGUCUGAUGUUUAUUAAGCAAGUGAAUUAGCCUCUUAUAAUUUGAAAAUAGUUUAAAUAAGAAGACUACAACCAUGGCUUCCAAACAAAAAACUCCUGCAAAGGUUAAAGAAGAGCAAUCCUCACUAACUCGUCCAGGAAGAUUAAAGUCGUCAUCCUCCUCCAUGAAAUCCGAUCAAUCUCCGAGUCGUCUCCCAUCUUUAAGAGGACCCAGGGAUCUUACUCUUGGAGGAAUCAAAAAGAAAACAUUCUCUCCGGUGAUUCCAGUUCGAAAAGAAAGAAUCAAAACAGAAGUAAAAGAAGAGAAGCCUUCAACAAAACAACCGCGUAUAAAACGUGAACGAUCUAAUCCUUCAAGGGGGCGGGGCAGAGGGCGUGGCCGGGGUUUCAAACAAGAGAUAAUCCAAUCUCACUCAAUAUUCGAAUCGGGGCCCACCGUCGAAAGGUCAGAUAGAGGUCGUGGUACUUCGAUGACAUCAUCAUCGGUGACAUCAGAGGCACAAAUUCAGAAACCUACGAUUAAAAAAGAAACUGUUGAUCUUUUACAAGAAAAAGCAGAGUCUGAAGAAACAAUGAAAAAAUUAGAAGCUGGAAACACUGCAAUAAUUGCGGGAUUAGAAAACGAUGAGAAACUGAAACCUGUUGUUCUUCCUGUGGCUUCUAAUGAUAAACCUGCGAAAAUUAAAGAAUCCCAGCCUUGCCCAACCAACCCACUACAAUGUUCACGAGUGUUCAGAUGGGAAGGUAAAGAGAAAUUGAUUUUGCUUCAAAUCCCCGACUCACUACCUGGCGUACCACCUAGUGGGGAAGAUGAGGUUAAAGCGGAAUCUACGACUAAGAAAGAAACGACACAAGAUUCCCAUUGCUCUCUGGAUCAAUUAUCAGAGGGAAGAAUCGGAAAGAUUCAAAUCCUCAAGUCCGGAAGAUGCAGGUUGGUGUUGGGAGGCGUUACCAUGGAGAUGAGAACAGGGACCCCAUCAAGUUUUGCUGAGGAACUUGUCUCGAUACGCUUACCACCGGAGGGCAGUCCCGAUACAUCAAAGGGUCACAUGAGUAUUUUAGGAAGCGUGAACGAGAAGAUAGUUUGUGUGCCUGAUAUUGCAUCCUUGCUGAAAGUAAAGUGAUGCCCGACCGUAGACAAAAUUCUUUGUUAUUGUGUGUUUAUUAAAAUAAAUUACAUCAUGUGCAUCACUGGGAAAUAAAAUUACUGCAUAGAAGUGAA